AUGCCAAAGUGCAAAUCGCGAAAGAAGUCUCGUCAACGUAUUGACAUGGAAGAGUACAAUGAAAUGUGUCAAGAAUCUGACAACUUCAUUACAACAGCAGAACGUCAGCUCAUUUCAACGAUGGCUAUGACUAGCGAGGAGAAAAUGGUUACAGCAUUCCAAUGGCAGAACAAGUGUCAACGGUAUAUAAACAUUUUCCGAAACUUUUUACGUGAGUCUGAUUUUUCUUCAUCUCAAAGAUCUAGGUGCUUAAAUUUAAGACAAAAAAUGGAAUACUUGCUCUACCAUUUUGAUACUCUAACGAAACGUGGUGCGGGUGUUCAAGUAGUGAAUGAAGGAAUGAAAUGGGUGGAUUUUGAAGAAGCGUUUGAGGGUCGUUUACAAAAUAGUGCUGUAAUGAAUUUAGAUUACAAGGAUAUUAAUGAAUUCCUUGAUGAUGCCUUCAAUUCCAUUGAUGGUAAAACCCAAGAAAUAUCAGAUUUAAAGACAUUCAUCGCGAAAACCGGUGACAUUUUAGUUACAACCCCAUUAGAUGACUGGUACAAUGUUUGUGUUAAACAAGUAACCUUAAAAAGAAUGGAGGAAUUCCAAGAGAAAGAUUCUAAUUGGAGACUUCAUUCUAUUGAAAGGUUGGAGGUUAACAUUAACAAGUACAAUCCCAUGCGCGCUGGUUCUUAUAUCGACUUACCACUUGCUAUUAAAAGGAAACAAGCAUGUAUUAAUGUUCAGAAUGUAGAUAAUCAAUGUUUUAAAUGGUCAAUUUUGUCAGCCUUACACCAAGUUGAAAAGCAUUCAGAUCGAGUUUCAAAGUACAGACCUUAUGAGCACACGCUUGAUUUUACUGGAAUUGAGUUCCCUGUUGCGCUAAAAGAUAUUUCAAAAUUUGAGGCUCACAAUAACAUUUCAGUGAAUGUCUAUGGUCUUGUGAAAAAGGAUGAAAAGUUUUCAGUGGCACCUUUACAUCUAUCAACGCAAAAGAAGGUUAUGCAUGUGAAUCUUCUACGAAUUGAAGACCACUACAUUGACGAAAAUCUUGAUGUGGAGGAGGAGGAGGACCAAGUAGCCAUUAUUUCUUUCAAUUACCAUUAUGUGUGGAUCAAGGAUUUAUCAAAGAUUGUCAGCAGUCAACUGUCAAAACAUAAUGGCAAAAAAUACAUUUGUGAUCGUUUUCUACAUUAUUUUAAGGAAGAAGUAAAGCUAACCGAACACGAGGAAAGCUGCCGAAAGAUGAAUGAGACGAGAAUUGUGCUGCCAGAACCACGGAAGAAUAUUGUUGAGUUCAAAAAUUUCUCAAACAAGGAGCGUGUGCCCUUUAUUAUUUACGCAGAUUGUAAAAGCCUCUUAAUUCCUUCUGAAGCGCCACCAGAACCUAGCAAUACUGAGGUUUUUCAAACUCACAAAACGCUCAGUAUUGGCUAUUAUUUGAAAUGUGCCUUUGAUGACUCUCUAUCUGUAUACAAAGCAUCUCCUAAAGAUGACGAAGAACCGGCUAAAUGGUUUUCAACAGAGUUAAAAAACUUGUCUGACGAUCUAGAUAAACGUUUUAAGAAUCCUGUACCAAUAGAAGUGUUAAGUCGAGAACAGAUGGCUGAUUUUAGAUUUGCAAGUACAUGUCAUAUUUGCAAUAAUAAAAUCGCGCAUGGUGAUAUUAAAGUACGAGAUCAUUGUCAUCUAACAGGGAAGUAUCGUGGACCCGCGCAUCAAGAUUGUAACAUUAACUAUCACGAAUCGCAGACCAUACCCGUUGUUUUUCAUAAUCUUAGCGGCUAUGACGCGCAUUUCAUUAUUGAAGCUAUUGCUACUGGUUUUGAAGGUAAUGUGUAUCUGCUUCCCAUAAACAAGGAAAAGUAUAUUAGUUUUACUAAAAAUGUAAAAGGUAGUUUUUCAAAGUUCCGUUUUAUCGACUCAUUUAAAUUUAUGGCAUCAUCAUUGGACAAGUUAGCAUCCUAUCUCGAUGAAUACAAAAUUGUAAACUCAGUCUUUUCAAAUUACAGCGACGAUAAAAUUCAAUUAUUAACGCGAAAAGGAGUUUUUCCUUAUGAAUACAUUGAUUCAAGGGAAAAACUCGACGAAACAGAGUUACCGCCGAAAGAUAAGUUUUAUAGCACGUUAAACGAUUCGAAUGUUUCUGAUGAAGACUAUGCACAUGCGCAGAAAGUGUGGGGUGAAUUUAAUUGUCAAAAUCUUGGUGAUUAUGUAUACUUGUACAUGCAAACCGACAUACUGUUACUCGCGGACAUUUUCGAAAAUUUCAGAAACCAGUGUUUAAUCUCGUACGGUCUAGAUCCAGCACACUAUUAUACUACACCGGGUUUGACUUGGGACGCAAUGUUAAAGUAUAUGCAUGUAAGACUUGAACUCUUGACAGACAUUGACAUGGUAAUGUUUAUUGAACGAGGAAUAAGAGGUGGUGUAAGUCAAUGUACAAAUCGAUAUGCAAAAGCUAACAAUCCUUACAUGAAAAAAUUUGAUAAAAAUGAGGACACGUCUUACAUCGUAUACUUUGACGCAAAUAAUCUAUACGGUUGGGCAAUGGUUCAACCGCUUCCCCAUGGUGGCUUCAAGUGGGUAGAGAAUGUUGAUAAUAGUUUUGAUUUCAAUGUUGCAGACGAUGCGCCUACGGGUUACAUUUUAGAAGUUGAUUUGGAUUAUCCAGAUCACCUUCACGAUAAACACAGCGAUUUUCCAUUUUGUCCGGAACGCUCGAAGCCACCAGGGUCAAAAGAAGAGAAGCUCCUAACUAUCCUCCUACCGAAACGGAAGCACGUUCUCCAUUAUCGUGCCUUAAAACAAGCUAUUGCCAAUGGUCUCGUGUUAGUUAAAAUCCAUCGCGUCUUAAAAUUCGAUCAAUCCACAUGGUUGAAAAGUUACAUUGACUUUAAUACCACGCGAAGAACAAACGCCAGUAAUGAAUUUAAGAAAAACUUGUUUAAAUUGAUGAACAACGCGGUAUUUGGCAAAACAAUGGAGAACGUGCGAAAACAUGUGGACAUUAAACUUGUGACAAAGUGGAAGGGUAGAUAUGGAGCUGAAGCCCUAAUUUCCAAACCUAAUUUCCACAGCAGGGCAAUCUUUAAUGAGAAUUUGGUUGCUGUGGAACUUAGGAAAAUGGAGGUUUUCAUGAACAAGCCGGUGUAUGUUGGCUUGACUGUUUAG